UCAAGUGCAGAGGAGAAGUGCCCCCACCCCAGCGUCCACCCAAUCUGUCGGCCUGAGGGGCACCUCAACCAGACAAAGCAGAAUGUACCAGGGACACAUGCAGCUGGUGAAUGAGCAGCAAGAAAGCAGACCCCUUCUGAGCCCUUCCAUUGACGACUUUCUCUGUGAAACUAAACCAGAAGCUGUUGCAAGGCCUGUAACAUCAAAUACUGCAGUAUUAUCAACAGGUCUGGAUCUCUUGGAUCUUAGUGAACCUGUCUUACAAACCCAAAACAAAGCAAAGAAAUCAGAGAAUCCAUCAAGAAGUGAAGGCUUAAAAGCUUCAACCCACAGAAAGAAGACAGACAAUUCUGACCUUAUCAGUGUGGAUACUGAGCAGAAAGUCCAGACUGUCAGAGUUGCAGACAAGUCUUCACUAGAUUUAGUUGAUAUUCAGACACAGCUAGAGAAAUGGGAUGAUGUCAGUUUUCACGGAGACAGGAGUAGCAAGGUCCACCCUUCGGCAGAGCGAACAUCAUCAUCUAGAGCUCCAUCAAAAGAGCUUUUAUGGUCCACAGAAAACAGAUCACAGCCUGAGCUGACUAAUGUCAAGAGUGCCUUGGACUCUGAUUCAACAUCAGAAUUAGAACUUGCACCUGCAACACAGGCACGAUCAACUAAGGAGCAGCGUUGGGGAGGGCCUCUUCUCUCUAGAAAUCACUCCUUGGAGGAGGAAUUUGAAAGAGCAAAGGCAGCUGUUGAGUCAGACACAGAGUUUUGGGAUAAAAUGCAAGCAGAAUGGGAAGAAAUGGCUCGCAGAAACUGGAUUUCAGAGAACCAGGAAGCACCAGGACAAGUUACCAUCUCAACCAUUGAGAAGGGUUAUUAUUUCCAUACUGAUAAUCCCUUCAAAGACUGGCCUGGUGCUUUUGAGGAAGGACUGAAAAAAAUGAAAGAAGGUGACCUGCCAGUUACAAUCUUAUACCUGGAGGCUGCUAUUCUACAAGAACCCAAUGAUGCCGAGGCCUGGCAGUUCCUGGGUAUAACACAGGCAGAGAAUGAAAAUGAGCAGGCAGCCAUUGUCGCCCUCCAAAGGUGCUUGGAACUACAGCCAAACAACCUAAAAGCUCUAAUGGCCCUGGCUGUAAGUUAUACUAACACUGGCCAUCAACAAGAAGCCUAUCAAGCUCUAAGAAACUGGAUAAAGCAAAAUCCAAAAUACAAGUACAUAGCAAAAAGCAAAAAAGGGUCCCCAGCACUUACCAGAAGAAUGUCUAAGACAUCAGAUGAAAGUUCAUUACUUGAAGAAGUAAAGGAUUUAUACCUGGAGGCUGCUCACCAGAAUGGUGAUAUGAUAGACCCCGACUUGCAGACGGGACUUGGAGUUCUUUUCCACCUGAAUGGAGAAUUUAACAGAGCAAUAGAUGCAUUUAGUGCUGCUUUAACUGUUCGACCAGAGGACUAUACAUUAUGGAACCGUCUUGGAGCAACCUUGGCAAACGGAGAUCGAAGCGAAGAAGCUGUCGAGGCCUACACACGUGCUUUAGAAAUACAGCCUGGCUUCAUUAGGUCCAGAUACAAUUUAGGGAUAAGCUGCAUCAACCUAGGGGCAUACAGGGAGGCUGUCAGCAAUUUUCUCACCGCUCUCAGUUUGCAAAGAAAGAGCAGGAAUCAACAACAGGUUCCCCAUCCUGCUCUGUCAGGCAAUAUUUGGGCAGCACUUCGAAUUGCUCUGUCUAUGAUGGACCAACCAGAACUAUUUCAAGCUGCCAAUGUGGGUGAUCUAGACAUUCUGUUAAGAGCUUUUAAUCUAGAGUCGUAAUAAAAAGUAUCCACAAAUUGAUUAAAUUGUAUUAGGAAACCGAGAACUCUUUUAUUACUCAUCUCAAAAUUACCACAUUUUUCCAAAAAAUCACGGCUGUAGAUCAGUAGGGGAAUUCUCUCGGACAUUAUUCCAAAAGAAAAAGUUCAAAAGCACAAAAUAUUUUAAGUAAAUUCAAAUUCAAAAAAUUGAAAGUUGCUGCGGCUAAUUUGACAAAGCCCUGAACUAGAUGAAGCAACCAUUUCUGAAGAAUCUUCAUCCCAUGCAAGCUAUAUCUCUCUAUUUAUACACAGCUAUACAAAGAAAAACAUAUUAAGAACAAACCUAGAUAAUCGUUAUUGCACAUUAGAACAGCAAACAAUGCGUCCAAGGAACCUGCUUAGGAGCUCAUUGCACUGUGCUGACAUCACUUUGCCGUACAAUGUGGGCUCCCUAUCCUCGGGUUUCUUUAUUGCAAAGUCUUCUCAAGGUCCAUUGUUAACAUAGCUCUGAAAAUAGAGGCAUGUAAAAUGGAAAUAUUUUGUUUUGAAUAUACUUCAGUUGGCAGUCAAGACAAUUUUUGCUUUCAAAGGUACCCUGACUAAUUUGGGCCCAAUUCUGCAGGCUCAUAGUGUUGUAAACUGUGUGCAAUGUUAAGAGGACCACUGCACACUGAGGUCUAUCGGAUUAGGCCAUGUACGUACAGGAAGGCCAAGCGUUGCCAGCAGAAGUGGUAAUUUGCACUAGAAUUGUUGCUGUUUAAACCAGCUAUACCUGACCUUGGACAGAGUAUGCCUGCUUCAAAGGAGCUCACAGCAGGAUCUGCACCUAUCUGUGUACUUAGGCACUUUAAUCUUUCUUUUUGUAAAAUAGUGCUGUGCUCUUAUUUUGGUUACUAACAGCAGAAUGUACAGGAUAGCCUUGUUGGCAUUGAGGACCAAAUAUAAUUUCCUUAAGUGUGCUGAGAGGGUUUUCAAUAUUCUUAAGUUUAAAAAAUGCAAAUACAGUAUAAACUCCAUUAUCUGUUUCGAAAGAUUAUUCCAUUAUGCAUCCAUCAGACACUACACACAUACAUGCAUGUGCAUGCACAUAUACAUUGUAUGUGAAUUAUGCCAUUUCAGAAUGUAAUAAGCUACAGAUCUUUAUUGCAAAUACAGAAAAAUCUUCAUAGGAGUUAAUGCCUACAGACCAUGCUCAAAGGAAAAAUUUCCCUGAAAAAAAUCGGUCUAUGUAAUGCUUGUAGGAUUGAGAAUAAGAUUUAAUCCUCCUGUUACAGCAAGCAGUAGCAAAAGUCUCAGUGACCUUCAUGACAGCAGACUAAAUCCUUAGAUAACAUCAGUAUUUGUAGCUGCUUUAAAAUGUGUAUAUAUAUACACACCAUCUUAAUUUUCCCUGAUUGGACGAAUGGGGACCAGUACUGGGGGCAGUACGCUGCCAUGUGAGGAAUGAAUUGAUUUGGCUACCAUCAAAACACAUUUAGCUCAAGGUGAACGUGUCAAUCAAAGACAGGAACAGAAAUUUUUAAGGAGGUAAUUUUCAGUUGCUGAUAUUUUAUAAUUUUUCCUAAAUAGUGAAAGACAAAAAGUGUAAUUAGAAGGCUACGGUAUCAUCUGUGGUCAGGAAUUCAAUGUGCAGGGUAGCUACUGGAAUGUGUUAAAAGUGGGACAAAUAGCACAUUUCCUAUAAACAGCAUGGAAAGAAAAAUCCAGCCCAAUCAGCUGGCGGAAAAAAAAAUAUAUCAAACUGCACAGAUCACAGAGAACGAAGCUCUGUGGGAACUGGACAGUUUCACCAGUACAAACCUAAAGUUUCUUGCAGCUGUCUGUUAUUUUGAGUAACCACUUAAAGGAAAAUUCCAUGUAAGACAGUGUAAUCACUGCAUCUAAUCACUGACUAUAGUUUUUAAAUAAAAAUAAUCAAUUCUCAUUAAAAAAAUAGAAGGCUUACCCCUCACUCUCUCCCACAGAAUAGAGAUGCUGAAACAGCUACAGGAAUUUUUUUAAUAGAGCUUCAUUAAUUCACUGUUUACAUAUAUUCCUAUUUAUCUAAUCAAGCAUUUAAUGAUUUCUGAUUCCUGCAACUUUCUCUAAGGAUUGGUUAUCAAGGACUGACGGGGGAUGUCAUUUUAGCUAAGUGGGCUGCUGUAUGCAUAUCUGCUGACAACAGUUUGCUCUUUUGCUUUGACAGCGAUGUGUGAUGACAGCUCUUUAUUGAUAAGGCAGAGCAGAAGGUGCAGUGCAAUUGAAUCUGGAAAGUGGUAAGAGAAAAGGGAGGCAGCUUUGAGAAGAGGCUGUAAAGCAAAGGCAUAUGUGCUUAGAUUUUGCUUGAUGCCCUGCCAUCACACAAGUUCUAGAAUAUCCUCUGUGCUGUAGUGUAGGAUAAUCAGUGCUUAUCCAGAGGAAUUAGCUGUUCAGGAGCUUUACUUUUGUACCUUUCAAAUAAACAAACUUAAUUGCUUGACUUCUCAGAGUCAGAAUGACAAGGGGCGUUUGAUACCGAUGGCAGUUCACUAAAUCUCUUCUCUAGUGUGUGGACGAGUAACACAGCAAUUCUGUUAGGAAACCCUAAUGCAACUCCUAGCCUCCCCAGAAAAGAACAGACAAAGUAGGUAGGCUUUGAUUUAUCCUGGGAUGCGCUGCUCAAAACUGCAUUCAUCUCCUGAUACACGUCAACACCAUGCGAUUGGUACGAGGAAAGUUGUCUGUGUAAACCCUGAGGCAAAUCGCUGGGGCUGAACUCUGCCUCCCGAGGGGAUACUCAGGCCCUUGGUUCAUCACAAGCACUGCAAUUCUGCUGCACGGGACGCAGGCUGCAAAGCCUAUCCAAAGAAAAAGUGCAUGGUCUUGGAGAUUAUCCCAACUGUUUUCUCCCGCUUUAGAUAGCCAAUUACUCACGUACCACCAACCAAGGCACUGCGUGAGGGAAAGACUAAAGCAGACAGACUUGCAAGGACAGUGGCACAUCUCACGCUAGACACCAGUUCUGGUCUAGUCUGCGUGGGAGAGCGGCCAGUGACUGAGCUCACCUCACUUGUACAGGUCAGGCUCAGCAGCUCUUGGUGUUUCUGGGGACUUCUUCAAUAUCCUGGGCCUUAUCCUCCUCUAGCCCCCACUGCCAACGCUGCAGAACUCAGUACAGGAGACAGGAUUAGACAGCUUUGAUCUGACCUCCUUACAGUGUUUUUUUAAAUAUUCAGGCGCAAUCAUGUAUAUUUGCCUGAAACAGCAAGAGGAGAGCAUGUGAGGAGGCUGCAGCGUAUCAACAACCUGAAGAGGAAAUUCAGCUACUCAUCCCUCUAACCAGGCAUGAGUUGGGAUAAAUAAGGCAGCGGCUGAACAGUAGCAGAUGGAGCCUGAGAGUGAGACAUGAAAUCUCAGUCCUGUUCUCAGUGCUCCCUGUGAGCUUGACCAAGUCAAAACCUCCUGCCAUCCCCGACUUGCCCAGGGGUGCGAGGAAGGAAGACGGGCAAGUAACAGUCAUUGCAUACGAUGGCACCGCCUGUGCGCAGGGGAGCGUGCCGUGUCACUGCCUGCGUGGGUGAGGUCACCGCUCACAUACACUGAAAGGCAACACACAGAGUUGCGCAGGUCUGAGCGAGAAAGUGCAGAGUAACAGUUUCAGCAGAGAAGAGACUUGGAGACAUUUCAGGGUAACACCUGUACAGCAUCUAUAGGGUGAUGCCAAAUGAGAGUGCUGCAGCAGUUUAUCAUCAUCUCCCACCCCCGUUUCCUCUUCUCAUUAACUCCCCUCUUUCUCCAGAGGCGAUUUAUCACUGCCAGGUAAUUGAUUCCAAGUUUUUGAUUCUUCCUUCUAUUUUAUAUUUCAUGCAAUUAAAAAAUGUUUUCCUAACCCCAGCUUGUGACCGUCCGUCUCCUCUGCAAAGCUUUAUGAAUAUUUAUGACCUAUAAGUCUGAUCCAUCAAGCUGCUGAGCACUGGAAGUCUGUAGUCUUCACAGGAGUGCUCAGCACUUUGCACGAUCAGCUCAUGUGCAUGUUAUUCAGCGACCGGCUGAGGGCUGGCUUCCAGGACCACUGCACAUGCUGAACCGGCACCGAAAUCAAAGCAGUUAUUUAUGGAGUGAGGCCUUGCGAUGAAAGCAAUAGGCUCAUUUCUUGCUGAUCUCUUUAAACUGUAAUGACUCUAGAAACCUUGGUGCAAUAGACUGGUUUAUGACAGUUUGAAGGAUCAAUUUGAUCUUCAGGUAAACUCAUAUACAUAUCUGUAUCUAAUGGUAUUUUCUUACGACCUGGUAAAUCACAGCACUUGUAAAAAUAUCAAGGGGAAGGUUCAAAUGACAAAACCUCAUAUGAUACUAUUGCAUGCAACUAACUACAGUAACAAAUAACCACACUGAAAUAUUAACACAAAGCAUGCACUAAUGCGACUUGCGUAUAUAUUUACAGAAUGCAUGCAGAAGGCCCACACAUAGGGUAUUUUUAAACUACUGAUCAGUAUCUUCUGUGGGAUAUUUUAAAAGUACUUUGCAUCUGCCAGACUCAAAACUGGGUCGUUCAUGUUAUUUGGAACAGGUUAGACCAAACAGAGCCCUUCUAAAUCCCAUCCUUAGAAAUCACUUUGUGUUGUGGAUUUCAUGUUUGCUUCGAGUGUUUAAUGACAGACAUCUGUAGUAACAGCUUUUGCAGACACGUUUUAGUAUCCUCUUAAGAAUUACAAAGCUAAACGUGUGCAGCUUUCACAGUGAAGCUGGGUGUUUGGAUUUUUACAUUUUCUUCUCUAGGCUAAACCAAAUAGCACCAAACCAGAGACAAAGAUUCCCAGAACCAGUGAAACAACAGUCUACACUUAGUUACCACAGCCAGGCUUUUCAAACUUACCCACUAACUCUGAAGGCAGCUCAGUGUCCGACUGCCCCGUUUGAAAUAUGUAGAUGUAAAACUUCAUAGGAUCUGAGUAUGUGCUGCAGACACUGUUUUCAGCUGCGGACAACUCAGCUGAAAGCUCAGAACAUCAAUUUAUUUAAGUAUGAAGAGCUAAUGAGCCAAUUUAGAAAACUUAAACCUGUCUGUCAGAUAAAAAGGAGGACCCUGACAACAGUAACAGAUCAGCCAGAUGAUCCCAGGAACAUCCAUUGCCCUCGGGCCUCCAUAACACUGAUAAAAUUACUGGCAGCCACAGAGGCAAAGCCUGGUGGAGCUGGUGAGAACUGGAGUGAAACACAACGUGGUUGUAGAUUAUUUUGCCCAAAUGUGCACCUGCAAAAUGAGACAUCAGUUACACUGCAUGAACAACCUGCACAGUUGAAAACCUGUGAUUUCUGGUCACCAGCGUUGUCAGCUUAGCAGUCUGUACAGUAAGUUUAUGUAAUAAAUGUUUAUAAAAUACCAAGUAAUCACAGAUAAAAGUGAUAGACAAAAUGCACUGCACGUUGUGAAAAAAAAAAUGGUGGGUAUGCAGUAGACUAUUAUCUACCAUUCAAACCUCAUCUAGGCUAGAAAUCAGAUUCCUUAAUUAUAGUUCUACUGGUUUUGGACUGGUGAAAUAAAUCAGAGAAAAGGAGUGCCAUGCAUGAAGAUAUCACUGACACUUUGACCAAACCUAGGCAUGUCACAGAAUCCACAGAAAGUUUCAGAGCCUCAGCCCACUAAUAGGUAUUAGGCAUGGGAAAAAGAAGGAAUCUAAAUUUUCCUAAAAUAAGCUGUAACCUUACAAAUGCUUGGACGUGUGCCAGCCCAUUGAGCAAGCUUGCAUGGCCAAGACUUAAUGUGCUUUGAUCUUUUUUCCCCUUCCACAUUUACAGAAUGCCAUUGACAUUGGUGAGAACUUUAAUUUAAAUAGCCUUUUUAGUAUCAAUAAUCUAUUGUAAAUUCAGAAAAAUCAAAACAUUUAUAAAUCUAUUUUAUAUAUCAGAGUAUAACAUAUCUAAAAUAGAACGAUAUAGUUUUGAGAGGCAUUCUGUGUGGCUUCUUCUAUAUGCUGUAAACUGAAAACCUUUGCAUCAGGUUUUUUGGCUUUAUUUUUAAGCCAACAUACAGGAAAGAAGAAAUUAUAGGGUUGGCAGAUACUUUCGCCUGGGCCAUCUGAAGAGCCCUGCUGCUGCAAAGACUUCCAUUGCUCACUUAACUUUUUGUUUUGACAGUUAAGUGUAGGUGCAAGGCUUAGCAGUGAGGUGGGCAGCGGAUGCGGAGGUGGGAGCUCAGCCCUACACCUGAAUGUUUACAUUCCGUUACAAAGGUUCAUAUUGACCCAGACUGAGAAUCCGAGUGUAAGUACAUACAGAGUAAAAGAUUAGUUUCUUACUACAGGUAACUUUGCCUCUGUAUAUUUAGUGCAUUAUCAGCUGUGUAUAAUAUUAAACACAGACCUGUACUCUACUGAUGCUUUAAUUUGAUGUUUCCUUGCACUGCUGUUUAAAAUAAUCUAUUUCCUGAAGAAUGAACAAUGUGCAUAUUGGAUGUGUUCAAUUUAUUAUGGUCAUAGAUGACUAUUUGCAGAGCACCACAUUUAAUGUAGUAUUUUUGUACUGUAAUGGAAGCAUGCCUUCCUUGGGUUCUUUUCACAUAUUAAAUUGUAUUUAUUAUUUAUAACUGUGCAAUUUUUAAAUAUGUUUUAAAAAUAAACUUUGUCUGUGGCUUCAAA